CUCUCACCGUCACAAUAACAUAGCAUAACAUAAACCCAGAGCUAAAACCCUACCAAAAGCCCAUCUCAGUCUCUGUGUGUGUGCGAGUGUGUGUGUAAAUUCUCAGCAAUGCAUCGAAUAGUUUCAAAAUUAGCUUCAUCGAUCACUUCAUCUACUUCAAGAAAAGUUGUGUGUAGCAGAGUUGUCUGCAAUAGAAAUUAUGGUGCCAAGGCUAUUAAUUUUGGGGUCGGGGCUCGGGCCGCAAUGCUGCAAGGCGUUUCUGAGGUUGCAGAAGCUGUAAAAGUCACAAUGGGACCAAAGGGCCGCAAUGUGAUAAUUGAGCGAAGUCAUAAGGAUCCUCAAGUCACAAAGGAUGGUGUUACUGUUGCCAAAAGUAUCAGCUUCAAGGAAAAAGCCAAAAAUGUUGGUGCAGAUCUUGUAAAGCAGGUUGCAAUUGCUACUAAUACUGCUGCUGGAGAUGGUACUACUUGUGCAACUGUCCUAACUCAGGCAAUACUCAUGGAAGGGUGCAAGUCAGUAGCUGCCGGUGUGAAUGUGAUGGAUUUGCGGAGUGGUAUUAAUAUGGCAGUCGAUGCUGUUUUAUCUGAUCUGAAAAGCAAAGCAUUGAUGAUAAGCACAUCAGAAGAAAUUAAACAGGUUGCAACUAUUUCAGCAAAUGGUGAAAGUGAGAUUGGAGAUCUUAUAGCUAGAGCAAUGGAGAAAGUUGGAAAGGAAGGAGUCAUUACUGUCGCUGAUGGGAAUACGAUGGAUAAUGAGUUAGAAGUGGUGGAAGGAAUGAAGCUAGCCAGAGGCUACAUAUCUCCUUAUUUUGUUACUGAUCAUAAGACCCAGAAAUGUGAACUAGAGAACCCCCUGAUCCUCAUUUAUGACAAGAAAAUUUCAGACAUGAAUUCACUUGUUAGAAUAUUGGAGCUAGCAGUACAGAAAAAAAGAGCACUACUUGUUGUGGCUGAGGAUGUUGAAAGUGAUGCACUUUCUAUGCUUGUACUCAAUAAGCAUCAUGCUGGGCUUAAGGUUUGUGCGAUCAAAGCUCCUGGUUUUGGGGAAAAUAGAAGAGCAAACUUAGAUGAUCUUGCCAUUCUUACUGGGGGAGAGGUUAUCACUGAAGACCGUGGUUUAACCCUUGACAAAGUGCAAUUUGAAAUGCUUGGAACUGCAAAAAAGGUGUCUGUCUCUCUUGAUGACACAAUAAUUCUACAUGGCGGUGGGGAUAAGAAGCUGAUUGAAGAAAGAUGUGCAGAGCUGAGGACAGCUAUGGAGAAGAGUGAUGCCGUGUUUGACAAGGAGAAAGCACAGGAAAGGCUAUCAAAGCUGUCUGGUGGUGUGGCUGUUUUCAAGGUUGGAGGGUCUAGUGAGGCAGAAGUUGAGGAAAGGAAGGAUAGGGUCACGGAUGCUUUAAAUGCUACAAGAGCGGCUGUGGAAGAGGGUAUUGUGCCAGGUGGUGGUGUUGCUCUUUUGUAUGCUGCAAAAGGUUUGGAAAGCCUUCCAACGGUAAAUGAAGACCAGAAAAGAGGCGUAAAGAUAAUCCAGAAUGCUCUAAAGGCACCUGCAUUCACAAUAGCCUCAAAUGCUGGUUUUGAUGGUGCACUGGUUAUUGGCAAAUUGUUGGAACAAGAUAAUCAUAAUUUGGGUUUUGAUGCUGCUAAAGGUGUAUAUGUUGACAUGGUGGAGGAGAGAAUCAUAGAUCCUCUCAAAGUGGUCAGAACGGCUUUAGUCGAUGCUGCCAGUAUCUCAUUGCUACUGACAACAAGUGAGGCAACUGUAUUUGACCAUCCAAAUGAGAAAAACAAAUCUCCGAGCCGCAUGCCAAAUAUGGAUCAGAUGUCCUAUUAGAGGACCAAUCUCAAAACCAGUUUUUAAUUAUUGCAUAUUUUUGUAUCCAUAUUUGGGCCUUUUGUCAUUCAUUUGUUAAAUCUGCCAAUAUAUGAAUUUGGAAGCCCAAACCUUUCUUUUAGGAGUUUAUACCCCAUAUAGAAAAUGAGUUACUAAAUCACGAUACAAAAUUCAUUUGAAUGAAAUUCUUAUUUGCUGAA